AUGAAUCCGGCGGAUAAUAUUGCGCCUGGAUCUCUGUGGCAUAAGCAAACAGUCAGAGGACAACUCCCGCCAUUAGUGCCUGCACUUCCUUUAGAAGAGAAUACGGAUUGGGAUACGAACUUUUUCGCUGGACAUUAUGCGUUGGGAUCCGGUCAUCUGGGGGCUGAGCGGAGACAUAGCGGGUGGGCCGCCGUUGAGAAGCAGUGGGCAGCAAGUCAACCGCAAUCGACAGCCGAAAAAGAGACGACGCAAGUGCCUAUGUCCAGAGAGUCUGCAGAUAUUUUGAGCACGUUACACCCUGGUUUAUCAUUACCACCACCGCAGUUGGAGGAGGGGUUUCGCCUAAGAGUUGUGAUGAACCCUAAUGUGGCAACAAUGGCAGUAGGGGCUGGCUCUAAAAAUUGGACAACAUUUACCGAAGGAGCGUGGUCGGGCAGUCUCGGUACGGGAAGUGUUGUUGGUGGUGGACAAGAUAGUAUCGACAUGGAGUUUGGUAAAUCGCAGGGCACACAGAUUGAAUCUACCUUCAAGCUGAGAACCAUUGAUGAACCGCCGGCUAUGAUCGAAUGUAAAACACGUGGAUUUCGGACUGGGCCCGAUGACAUUAUGACAGCCCUCAAAGACACAGCACAAUCUCUAGCAAUCGAUCCGAGACAAUAUAGACACAGAGUUGUUAUUACAAUGAAGACGAAUGAUCCACGUUAUGCCGAGAAGGUGAAUUUCGAACUUUGGGUUGGGACUUGUCUUUGGCGCGGCUCCGAGGUCAUCUAUGACGCAUAUAAGAUUCGCUGA